AAUCAGUAACUGUUUCCCCUAAUACUUCCUCUCAAUUCAAACUCUUUCCGCAAAUCAAAUCUCCUACCCCGCACCCUUUUCUUCUUCUUCUUCUUCUUCUUCUUCUUCUUGUGCACAUUAUAAUUAUUAUUAACUCACAACAACAAGUAAAAACUAGUCACAAAUCCCAAUCAAACAAUGCUGCUGUGUUUCAACUUCAAGUUUCUCCUCUUUUCCACUUUUCUGCUUCUUUCUUCCAUUCCCUUUUCACUUUCAGGGGAAUUACAUGGUGGUGAUGAUGGCAAUAGUAGUGGGCCGGUAUUGGUAUUGGUUUUGUCAAGUAGAACAGAAAGGUUGCUUGCUGAUAAUUCAAGUGACCAACUCUUGUUCAACUCAACUGAUUUGCUCUUGGCUUCCAAGAGAACUUACAGGAAAGACCCUCUCAAUCAUUUUCUUAAGUACUCCGGAGGUUGGAACAUCAGCAAUCGCCAUUACUGGGCUUCCGUAGCUUACACUGGUGUUCCCUUUUUUGUUAUUGGGGCACUCUGGUUUCUCAUCUUCGGCUUUGCUUUGACUCUCAUCUGUCUCUGCUACUGUUGCUGCCCAAGGGAGCCUUAUGGCUAUUCUCGAAUUGCUUAUGCCCUCUCUCUCAUCCUCCUCACAUUUUUCACCAUUGCUGCAAUUGUUGGAUGUAUUGUCUUGUACACUGGCCAGGCAAAGUUUCAUAGCAGUACUACGAGCACUUUGGACUAUGUUGUGAGUCAAGCAGAUACCACAUCCGAGAAUCUUAGAAAUGUGUCAGGAUAUCUUUCUGCAGCGAAGCAAAUUAAUGUGGAUCAAGUGAUUCUGCCUUCUAAUGUCCAAACAGACAUCGAUCGGAUUCAAAACAGGAUAAACUCUUCAGCUACCACACUGUCCAGUAAAACUGAAGAUAAUUCACAAAAAAUCAAGAAUCUAAUUGAAUCAGUGAGAUUGGCUCUUAUCAUACUCUCUGCUGUUAUGCUUCUGCUAACAUUUCUUGGAUUUGUGUUUUCAAUCUUUGGAAUGCAGGUUUUUGUUUACAUCUUGGUUAUUGCUGGAUGGAUUCUUGUGACCGGAACAUUCUUGUUGUGUGGCAUUUUUCUUCUUCUACACAAUGUGACUGGAGAUACUUGUGUGGCAAUGGAUCAGUGGGUCCAACAUCCAACUGCUCAUACAGCUCUAGAUGAUAUACUGCCUUGUGUGGAUAACGCAACCGCCCAAGAGACCUUGACAAAAAGCAAGGAAGUAACAUCCCAAUUGGUGAAUUUAAUGAAUACUGUCAUCACUACUAUCUCUAACAACAACUUUGCUCCAAACAUGGCGCCAUUCUACUACAAUCAAUCUGGUCCACGAGUUCCAAACAUUUGCAAUCCAUUUAAUGCGGACCUGAGUGAUCGAGCUUGUGCACCUGGUGAAGUGGAGCUGAACAAUGCAACACAGGUGUGGAAGGGGUAUGUGUGUGAAGCAUCGGGAAGUGGCAUCUGUGCGACAACAGGGCGUCUGACUCCAGGAAUUUAUGGUCAGAUGGCUGCUGGUGUAAAUGUGAGCUACGGGUUGUAUCGAUAUGGUCCAUUCCUGGUGAAUCUAGAAGAUUGUAGUUUUGUGAGAAAAACAUUCUCGGAUAUACAUGCAAGAUAUUGUCCGGGGCUAAGGAAAUAUAGCCGUUGGAUUUAUAGUGGGCUGGUGAUGGUAGCCACUGCAGUAAUGGUGUCUCUGGUGUUUUGGGUGAUAUAUGGACGAGAGAGGAGGCACCGAGUGUAUACAAAAGAGCACAUGCCGAGAGGUGUAGAAGGAGAUAAGCAUAAUUAGAGGCAGAUUUCUAGUUGGUUUGGUUAGUGUAGUUGUACAAUAUUUGGUUGACUGCAAAGAGUAUGUAUUGUUGUUGAGUUGGGUGAAAUAUAGAUAGUGGUAAAGGUUGUGGUGGGUUUGACUCUGGGCCUUGUUCAGAUUUUAAGCCGUAAUACUA